AUGGGGAAAAAGCGAGUUCUUGUCAGCUACGGUGUCGACAUUGACGCAGUUGCCGGUUGGCUAGGGUCAUACGGCGGCGAAGACAGCACCAAUGACAUUAGUCGAGGUUUAUGGGCGGGCACCAUCGGCGUGCGCCGCCUCCUCAAGCUCUUCGAAAAAUACAACAUCAAAGCCACCUGGUUCAUCCCCGGGCACUCCCUGGAGACGUUCCCGGAGGAAUGCGCCAUGGUGCGCGAUGCAGGGCACGAAAUCGGCCUGCACGGGUACUCGCACGAGAAUCCCUCCGACAUGACACAGGAACAGCAGCGCGACGUGCUCGACAAGACCUAUCGUCUGCUGACAAAUUUCUGCGGCAAGCCGCCGCGCGGCACCGUUGCGCCCUGGUGGGAGACCAGCGCCGAGGGCACAGAUCUCCUGCUCAACUAUGGCAUCGAGUACGACCAUUCGAUGGGGCACCAUGACUGCCAGAUGUACUGGUUGCGCACAGGGGAUACGUGGACGAAGAUCGACUAUAAUAAGAAGGCUAAGGACUGGAUGAAACCGUUGGUCAAGGGGCAGGUGACGGGGCUUGUGGAGAUUCCGGGCAGUUGGUAUAUCGAUGAUUUGCCGCCGAUGAUGUUUAUCAAGAAUGCGCCCAACAGUCACGGGUGGACGAAUCCGAGGGAUGUUGAAGAGAUCUGGAAGGACCAUUUUGACUAUUUCUACCGCGAAUACGACGAGUUCAUAUUCCCGAUGACAAUCCACCCGGACGUCUCCGGACGUCCGCAUGUUCUCCUCAUGCAUGAACGCAUUAUCGAACACAUCAACAAGCACGAGGGGGUCGAAUGGGUGACCUUCGAGCAAAUGGCGGAUGAUUUCAAGCGCAAGAACCCGGUGCCGGCAGGGGCGAAGAUGCCAGCCCCGCGGGGAGCAAUCUUGAAGACACCGCCGUUGAAUCAGUAG